CAAUUAUUUGAUUUCACGGGAGCAUGAGCACCAAGUAGCACAACUUUUUUUUGGAAAAACCGCCGCCACUUUUUGGCAAACGGACGCAACCUUUUGGAGGAGCGCUUCCCCUUCCUGUCCGGCUGCCCUCGCUUGUUUGACAGACUGCCGGCUCCGCCAUGCUGCCUGGAGGGCUGGGCGCCGCGGGAGCGGGUCGUGGCGGUGGCGGCGGCGGCCUGUGCCUGCUGCGGUGGCUGGGCCUCAGGCUGUGGUCGCGGCGGGGCACCCUGGUCUUCGCCCUGCUCUGGUUCGGCUCCUGGCUCUUCCUCAACGGCCUGGUGUUCGUGCACAGGACCAUCCUGUCCGACUACUGCACCGACGACAAGAGCAAGAGGAUCCUGCAGCGACUGUGCUCGGAGUACGGCGAGGGCUCGGUGACGGGCGACAUGUGUGACGACCUGUGCGUCCUCGGCCUGGUCGAGUACCAGCGCUGCCUUUACUACGAGAACGGCAAGAAGGUGAUCGAGGCUCGCUGGAGAGGCCAACCCAUCAUCCUCAAGUCCAAACUGGAGAACUUCUCCUCCUACGAGCCGCUGGGGAUCCUGGACUACCAGGACACGGCAGAGGACCUCUCGCCCCUCGACGUGGUUUUCUACGCCACUCUGGAAGUGCGUAACUCUCUGGGGCUGGCCGAGGAGGAGGAGGACGAGGAGGGAGGAGGAGGAGGAGGAGGAGGAGGAGGAGGGGCGGGGAACGGCUCCCUGGCCAAACUGUGGGGCAGCAAACUGAGAAACCGAGACAAGGCUUACUCCCGAGCAGAGCUGGCCUCCCUCUGGUCCCUCCUGCAGCAGGAGGAGUACACCUUCCUCAGAGUCCUGCAGGACCUCAGCACCCACGUGGCCAAGGUGCUGGGCUCCUGCGGUCAUUUCUACGCCGUGGAGUACCUGUCGGCCGGCCACGCCUGGGACCAGAACAUCUUCUCCCUGGACGAGGUGGCCGUCCCGGGGCUGCAGGGUCCGGCCCGCGGGCCCUUCACGGCGGGCGGGGCUCGCCGGCGGUGGACCGCCAGGGAGAUGGUGCACCGCAUCGCGCUGAGCUUCCUCGACAUGGUGUGGCACUUCGACAACGACUUCACCCACAGGCUGCACCUCUGCGACAUCAAACCGGAGAACUUCGCCAUCAGGAAGGACCUGACGGUGGUGGCAAUCGACGUGGACAUGGCGUUCUUCGAGCCCAAGAUGAGAGACAUCCUGGACCAGAACUGCACCAGCGACGACGACUGCAACUUCUUCGACUGCUCGUCCCGCUGCAACCGCCGCCGGCGCCGCUGCAGCGCCCGCCGCAGGAACAGCAACCUGCAGGUCAUCUGUGAGAAGAUCUUCAGGCCGUGGUUUUCUCCAACUCUGCUCGGUGCCAAGGCCGGGCUGCCUCUGCAGGUGGAAUUACAGCGAGCUGUGCAGGAGUGUUCAGAGACUGAUGAAGGCGAGGAUAAAGAGGAGGAGGACAAUGGAGGAGGAGGAGGUGGAGGAGGAGAAAAGGGGCGUGGCAGGGACAUCCAUCAGCGCCUCCUCAACAUCCUGACUCGCCUCCUCCAAGAGGGAGGAGCUUCAAGUGAAGGAGGAGGCUCUUGGGAAGGAGGAAGCCACUCCCACACAGCCCUGAACUUCUGA